AUAUGUGUAUGCAUGUAUAUGUGUACAUAUGUCAUCCAUCGUCAUGCCAUAUGUGUAUGCAUGUAUAUUAUGUUAUAUAUAUACAUCUAUCUAUAUAUAUGUUAUGUUAACCUUGUAUGUACUACAUUAUAUCAUAUGUGUAUGCAUGUAUAUGUGUACAUAUGUCAUCCAUCACACAUGUGUUUAUGUGUUUAUGUGCGUGUGUGCGUGUGUGUGUGUGUGUGUGUGUCUGCUGGAUACAUGUAU